AACGACGACGACGACGACGACGAGCGCGACGAGGAGUGGCCGAGAAGAAGAAGAGCAAAUUGGUGCUCCUGGUAGCAGGAGCCCAUGAGCACCAUGGAGGAGAAAUUGCGCGGCGUGACGAAGCGCGCCAGCAGACACGGACCACGUGGAACGGGGCCAGUCGUUUCUGAUUGGUCUGCUAGCUCUGGGUCCGCUGGUGGUGGUAGGGGCCCAGCCCCAGCUACUCCCUCUACCUCGCAAGCUGGCAGUUCCACGUUCAACAGGGCCCAAGAGACGACCGGUGUGACCAAGCGGCAGUCCUCGCGCGGCAGCAUCGACUCCACUGACCAACAGGCCCCACCCGAACACGGCGAGCUCCUUUUCAAGGUGAUGCUACUUGGCGAUAGUGGCGUCGGGAAAACCUGCCUUCUGACACGAUUCAGAGACGGCAGAUUCCUAUCUGGCAACUAUAUAACCACCGUCGGCAUUGAUUUUAGGAAUAAGGUGGUCGUCGUCGACGAUACGUCAAUCAAGCUUCAAAUAUGGGACACAGCCGGACAAGAGAGAUUUCGAAGCGUCACGCACGCUUAUUACAGAGACGCCCAUGCUCUUUUGUUGCUGUACGACGUGACGAACAAGACGAGUUACGACAACAUCAGAGCGUGGCUAAGCGAAAUCCGGGAACACGCGAACGAGGACGUGGUCAUCAUGCUGUUGGGCAACAAGUCCGACUGUGGAACGGAACGAGUAGUAAAAAGAGAAGACGGCGAACGAUUAGCGCAAGAAUACAAAGUCCCGUUUAUGGAAACCUCAGCUAAAACCGGCCUGAACGUUGAAUUGGCCUUCUUGGCCGUUGCUAGGGACUUGAAGGCGAAAAAAAGCAACGACCCGGACGACACGAAGUUCAACGUGCAGGACUACGUUCGUCAGCAAUCGCAACGAAACUCCUGCUUCAAUUCCAACUGCCUGACAACCUGAAUUGCGCGAUAACUCUGCGCGCAUACUUCCCUGCGAUAGAUGGAGAAGAAUGGUGGAACAUGGACCGGAACUGGUUGGCCAUAAAUAUGGCGCGAAAUUGUCGUGGGCGUUCAAGAAUUCGUUCCCCCUGUGAUUCAGAAUCGAUAAUCAUCGAAACGUUACCUCGUUGCGGGUAUCACUCGUGAAAACAAAAGACGCGAAUUUUCGUAGCUUUGCGAAGCUCGUUCGCGCGUCAAACGAGAUCGGAACGAGAUCGAAAGAAACGUACCAACCGAAUUGAAGAAAAUGUAAUUUUUCAUUUUUCACUAGAAA